UCUCUCGCUGUACGUGCGUGCGUGCGUGCUUGCUUGCGUGCGUGUGUCAACUAGUUGUUAGCCAGAGCUAGCUACCUAGUGAGCUAGCUCGUUGAAACAUUUUUUUGUUUUUAUUUUUGUUUGUUUUGUUUGUUUUUUUUUUACAUAGGGUCCGUUUAUGCCAAGAAACAUUUAUCGUUCAUCAUGAGAGAGGACCUCGGCUCCUGAUAUAUCAUGUUUGUCACCCAAUAAUGCCAAAGAGGAGGACGGCCUUUCGGGGAAAAAAUGAUAAGUUAGCUAACGCCAGCAAAAAGUGAAGCUACAGUUUUUGAACAGCCGAGUUCCUUCCUAGCUAGCAGCCUGAGAAGGAAAGCUCUGAGAUUUUGCAUGAACUGGAUGCGGAAGGAGGAUAUGAGGCAAGCUGGAUAGCUAAUGCUAACUAUGAGCGUUUGUUCAUGCAGUCAUUGGGUUACCAAUGUGUCAAAAAGUCAUUCUGCUGAUUGCCCACCAAGGAUUAGGCUAGAGUGUGGUGGCGACGCUGGUGCAGGGAGGGAGUGCAUACCGGCACAAGAAUAUGCAAGGACUCUCCAUCUCAGCUGAAGUGUGUGUGUAUAUAUAUAUAAGACACAAAACUGUUGUGCUUGAUGAAACAAUCUUGGCCAACCUGCCAUGCUCAAUGGAAGUGCCAUCGUAGACACAGGAUACCGUGGCUCAAACUGCUGCACAGUCCUUUUGAGCUACAGCCUUGGAGGAAGCAUUUCAACUUUUAGUUGAACCUGAAGGUGGAGAUGGGUUCCCAGGCUCUUCAGAUACUGCGGCAGGGUGUGUGGGCUUCGCUCACAGGAGGGUGGUAUGUGGAUCCCCACCAGAGCACAUUCUCCAACUGCUUCCACCUCUACCUUUGGAUAUUUCUCCUGGCCUUCCCCUUUCUUCUGUACAUGGCUCUUCCUCCAAGCUUGGUGGUGGCAGGUGUGUACUCUGCUGUGGUGGCGGUGUUUUUCACUGCCAUUAAGGUAGUGAACUACCGACUUCAUGCAAUGUUUGACCUUGGGGAGAUUGUUGAGAAAAAGCAGGCCUCACUAACAGCUGAUGCCCCAAGGACAGAAGAAGGAGAAGAAGGGUCAGGUGGUCAUGAUGGGAAUCAGAACAGGGAUAGUCAUGUUGGUGUAGAAAUGACGGUGUUUCGGAAGGUCAACUCAACACCCCCAGUACGUUGCAGCUCCCAGCACUCUCUGUUUGGAUUAAACCAAGUGUCGGAAUUCUUGCCUCAGUUGGAGGAUUCAGGGGGCACUAAGGAUAUCAAAGAGUUAAUGCGGGAACAAGGAAGCAAUAAUGUGAUUGUCACGUCAGCUCACCGUGAGAUCCUUCGUCAGAGUUCCCAGGACCCCAUUAGGGCUCCAAAUGUGGUCUCAUCCUGCAUUGCUGCCGCUCUUGGAGGUGAAUUCCAAGGUCUCAUGGGAAUAUCUGGAGUGUCAGCUGGAUUUGAAGAACCUGGGGCCAUGUCUAUCCCUCCUUCACCCUCAAGUCAAGAAGAUGGAGGCGAGAAAGAACACUUGCAAGAAAUGGAGAAGUUACCAGAACAGUUGUCUCAUCAGACUCAUAAGGAUAAUUGUUUGGGUGCUUACUCUCCUCUUGGCCCCUCUGCUGAAUCUGAGAGUCUGGGAGAUACUCCCCUAAGUCCCCUUAUAAAGAGCAGUUUAAGUGAGGAACUCAGUGAAAAUCUGCUGGGUUUAGGCCUUGACCCUGUGGCAUUUGCACCUGGGACUGAGCAUCCAGGCAGCCGCAGCGGAGUAGCACUAGCUGCUGGAUCCACGGACAGUUGCUUCAGUGCCGGUGGAGCUACCACAGAUCGUGAGACUCUCAGCACUGUUAGCAGCUACCGCAGUGAAAAAACUGAUUCCACUCAGCUGGAAAGUCCUUCGUUCAGCCAGUCACAGCCUGCAGAUGGACAGGUUUCUGCCUCGGCACCAGCGAUAGGUUCUGACAUCCUCAAGCCCACAGAGGAUCCAGCAGUGCAGGAUGGUAGUGAUACUGACAAUCUGUCAGACAGUGUGCUACUACGCUCCCCUUCCAAAGAAUUCUCCCUCAGCCAGGGGCUAGACCGGACACUUGUUGAAGGAGAGGAUCUGCCAUCAGUACCUUCUGAUAUUCCACAGCCACCUCCUCUCCAGAACUCUUCCCCUUCAAGUAGUGGCCACUCAGAGGUUUGUGAAUUAGACAGGAAUGUCCCAGUUCCUCCUCUGCCCCCACCUCGGCAGGCCAAUUCAGUGCCCUCAGGGCUGGCCCUGGGUUUGGUGUGUUCUGAGCCUGCUUUGCCCAUAUCUUCUACCCCCUUCUUACUGUCUGAGCAGCCUGCUCUGCAAGCUCAGCAGGUUGUGCGUCCUAAAGACUUAAAGCUGCUGCGGGCCAGCGGCAGUAGCAUGGGGCACAGGCCAGGUCGAAGGAAAGCUCCAAGAAGGCGAGCUGGAGCCGGCAGCAGUAGUUUUGACUGUGGCUCUUACAGGCGUCACCACAAUCAUAGACAGCACAGAGAUUACAUCCCAGUGCGCAACCGACUUGGUACCAAGGCUUACAGUGAAAGUUUGUUUGAGGAUUCUAGCGACGAGGAUGAUGGCAGUGAUAUGAGUGCUGGUUCUAGUCUGGGCUCUCAGCACCGAUACAGCUCAGAUGAUGAUGAGGAUGAUGAUGACGAUUCAAGUUCCUCUACCUCCUGCUACUCCCCAGACCUUGCUAACACUGGCAUUGCACCCCCUCUUCCCCCUGCUGCUCAACUGCCCACUCCAAGGGAAGGGGAUUUACCCGAAACUGCUGGCCCCUCACAUUCUCGUGCUGCUCAACGCUCUUCUAGCACCGCUAGUGCUAAGACUCACGCAAGAGUGCUAAGUAUGGAUGGGGCAGGUGGAAGCCAGAACAAUGCAGUUGCUCUGCCCUCUACUCUGCUUACAAUGCCUUCCACUUCCACACCUGCACCGCGCACUCUCACCAUCUCUAAGUCUGAUCUGGAAGCCCGCACUAUACACACUGAUGGCUUUGCUGGAGCUCACCAUCAUCGGCUGGAUUCCCUUGGAGGCUCUUGGACUGGUAAUCAGAUGGGCUGGAGGACAGAACUGGUUGAAGAGGGAGCUGUUGGAGGUGCCAUGACCACAGAGGAAGGGGGCAAACAUGAAUCAGUCAGCAGUGUAAAGAGGACCCAGGCCAUACGCAGAAGACAUAAUGCUGGGAGCAACCCUACACCGCCGCCGUCAACCAUGGGCUCUCCUCCCAGUCUCCAGGACCUCCAGCGGGCUCGGACCUCCUCUCAUUCACGCACCCGCACACUUCCCUCAGCCUUACAGUUUGCCUCUUCACUCCUACUGCCCCGCAGUGGCAUCCAUGAGGCUUCCACAUUCGAUGACACAUCAGAGGGGGCAGUGCACUAUUUCUAUGAUGAGAGUGGAGUAAAGAGGUCCUACACAUUUGGACCUGCUGGAGGCGGCUAUGAGGACCCAGUUCAAGAAAGGGAGAGGCAGUCCCAGUCUUCAAGCUUCACUUCCACUGAGGUCCAGGAAGGGGCACCAGUCCUGUCCAUGCUCCAGCCCAGGCAAGGGGCUUUACAGGGGAUGCAGGUGCGCAGGGUGCCUCUGGAGAUGCCCGAGUUUGAUCUGGAUCAUGAAUCUCUACAAGAGUCCCAAGAAAACACUUUGAUGAUUGAGGAGAAAGCCAAACCUAAACAGUACUAUCGCUUUUGGGUGCUGCCUGGAAAGUGGCUGAGAGUCCGAUAUGAUCGACUGGCUCUGCUAGCCUUAUUAGACAGGAACCGCCGUGUGGGAGAGAACGUGUUUGCUGUGGUGCUGGCCAGCCUAGUGGCAUUCCUUGGGUUCCUACUGCUGCUUCAAGGUUUUUUCAGGGACAUUUGGGUCUUCCAGUUCUGCCUGGUCAUUGCUAGUUGCCAGUACUCAUUACUGAAGAGUGUACAGCCAGAUGCAGCCUCUCCCAUGCAUGGGCAUAACUGGAUCAUUGUGUACAGUCGGCCAGUCUACUUCUGCUUAUGCUGUGUGAUGAUCUGGAUCUUUGACUUAUCUGGGCGCUCUGGAAGUUUGCAGCCCUUCUCCCUCUAUGGUGUCAUCUUUUUCUCUGCACACUUCCUGCUCUGUGUCAGGGAUGUGCUCAUUGUGUUUGCCUUGUGUUUCCCAGUCAUUUUCCUGUUUGGGUUGCUACCUCAGGUCAACACUUUUGUGAUGUGUCUGCUGGAGCAGAUUGACAUGCACAUUUUUGGAGGAACUGCCACUACUAGCCCCCUUUCAUCUCUGUACAGCCUCAUACGCAGCGUGUUGGUGGCUGCCCUGCUGUAUGGAUUUUGCCUCGGUGCAAUAAAUGCACCUUGGGGGGAUGCCCAUGUUCCAGUACUGUUCUCUGUGUUUUGUGGCCUACUCCUGGCCUUGUCCUACCACCUGAGCCGUCAAAGCAGUGAUCCUACCAUCCUGUGGUCACUGGUCCGGUCUAAAUUAUUCCCAGAACUGGAGAACCGAAACCCAGAAGAACCCCCUGUGGAAAUCAAGGACCCUCUCCCUGAGAAGCUACGUAACUCUGUGAAAGAGAUUCUUCAUUCGGACCUCGUCAUCUGUCCCCUCAUGGCUGUGAUUACCUUCGCCAUCAGUGCCAGCACUGUUUUUAUUGCUCUUCAACCUGCUCUUAGCGUCGUCUUAUACAUCCUGGCUGGAGUUGUUGGCUUCAUUACACACUAUCUCCUGCCUCAGCUCCGCAAACAGCUGCCAUGGUUCUGCCUGGCUCACCCUUUGCUCCGCUCCAAAGAGUAUAGUCAGUUUGAGGUUCGAGAUGCUGCACAGUUGAUGUGGUUUGAGAAGCUGUAUGCAUGGCUUCAAUGUGUGGAGAAAUAUUUCAUCUACCCAGCUGUAGUUCUGAACUCUCUGACAACCGAAGCUCGAGCAGUGGGCCAGAACCACAAAGACCUGGACAUCUAUAGCCGGGCUCUCUUUAUCUCGGUAGCUGGAAUGAAAUUGCUGCGUUCGUCCUUCUGUACCCCAUCACAGCAGUACGUCACGCUGUGCUUCACCACACUCUUCUUCCACUACGACUAUCCACACUUCUCAGAGACCUUCUUAAUCGACUACUACUUCAUGUCGGUUCUCUUCAGCAAGAUGUGGGACCUGCUGUACAAGCUGCGUUUUGUGUUGACCUACAUUGCCCCCUGGCAGAUCACUUGGGGCUCAGCCUUUCAUGCUUUUGCUCAGCCCUUUGCUGUGCCCCACUCUGCUGUCCUUUUUGUUGAAGCUAUCUUUUCUGCCAUCUUCUCCACACCUCUCAAUCCUGUCCUUGGCAGUGCAGUAUUUGUCACCUCAUACACCAGGCCUGUUAAAUUCUGGGAGCGAGAUUACAACACCAAGAGGGUCGAUCAUUCCAACACUAGACUUGCCACUCAGUUAGACCGCAACCCAGGUGCCGAUGACAACAAUUUGAACUCAAUUUUCUAUGAGCACCUGACGCGAUCUCUGCAGCACAGCCUCUGUGGAGACUUACUGCUCGGCCGCUGGGGGAACUACAGCACGGGCGAUUGCUUCAUCCUUGCAUCAGACUACCUCAACGCUCUGGUGCACAUCAUUGAGAUUGGCAAUGGCCUGGUCACCUUCCAGCUGAGGGGUCUAGAGUUCAGAGGUACCUACUGUCAGCAGAGGGAGGUAGAGGCAAUCACAGAGGGGGUGGAGGAGGAUGAAGGCUGCUGCUGCUGUGAACCAGGUCAUCUUCCUCACAUGUUGUCAUUCAAUGCUGCCUUUGGACAGCGCUGGCUGGCCUGGGAGGUGGCUGCCACAAAGUAUGUGCUCGAAGGCUACAGCAUCAGCGACAACAAUGCUGCCUCCAUGUUGCAAGUAUUUGACCUUCGUAAGAUCCUCAUCACAUACUAUGUCAAGAGCAUCAUCUACUAUGUGAGUCGGUCCUCUAAGCUGGAGGAGUGGCUGACUAAUGAGACAAUUCAGGAGGCUUUGCGACCUUGUCUCGGACCAAACUACGUAGACAGUGACCCCACCUUCAACUUGAACAUUGACGAGGACUAUGAUCACAGAGCCUCUGGCAUCACCCCCUCCUCAUUCUGCAUAGUUUACCUGGACUGGAUUCAGUACUGUAACAGCAGGCGCCAAACACCGGUUACUUGCGAAAGAGAUUCUCCACUUGUCAACCUCUGUUUUGGCCUGUGUAUUCUGGGACGAAGAGCCUUGGGCACGGCGUCACACAGCAUGUCAGCAAGCUUGGAACCGUUUCUCUAUGGCCUUCAUGCACUCUUCAAGGGAGAUUUCCGCAUCACAUCUCCCCGAGACGAAUGGGUGUUCGCAGAUAUGGACCUGCUGAAUCGGGUCGUAGCACCAGGAGUACGGAUGUCACUCAAACUGCACCAGGACCACUUUACAUCUCCAGAUGAGUAUGAGGAUCCUAUGGUUCUGUAUGACGCAAUCACUGCCAACGAAGAGAAGAUGUUGAUAUCUCACGAGGGUGAUCCCGUGUGGCGAAGCGCUAUUCUAGCAAACAUGCCUUCGCUCCUAGCACUGCGCCACAUCAUGGAUGACGGCAGCGACGAGUACAAGAUCAUCAUGCUUAACAAGAGAUUCCUCAGCUUCAGAGUUAUCAAGGUGAACCGAGAGUGUGUGCGUGGGCUGUGGGCGGGGCAGCAGCAGGAGCUGGUUUUCCUGCGCAACCGUAACCCAGAACGAGGAAGCAUUCAAAAUGCCAAACAGGCCCUGAGGAAUAUGAUUAACUCAUCAUGCGACCAGCCCAUCGGCUACCCCAUCUACGUGUCCCCCCUCACGACCUCGUAUGCUGGGGAACACAGCCAGCUCCGCUCUGUGUGGGGAGGACCAGUCAGCCCACACAACAUUUACACCUGGCUAAUCAGUAGCUGGGACAGGUUACAGAAAGGGUGCGGGGCCGGCUGCAACAGUGGAGGAAACAUUGAAGAUUCAGACUGCGGAGGCGGCUCCACCUCCAUCUCUACCAACCCAGUUGUUCACACCACCCAGAGUACACCAGCCUCCGGCCUUCCACAGCCACACAUCACCACUGUCCAGCCCUCUAUGGGCACAGACAACCCUGUAGGUCCAACCCAAAGCUGGCCUCACCACCCUCAACCUCUCCCAUUAGCUCUGCUCAGCCAAUCAGAGGGCAGAAUGGAGGCAGGGCUUCUCUCAUCCCUGCAGCGUACGUCCUCCAUCCAGGGUCUCCUGGGCCAGCAGCUGUCCAGCUCCCAGCUCUCCUUCAGCAGCUCAGUGGCUCCUCCACCUCUGCCCGGCCCAGAGCGCUUCUGCCCUUCAAGUCUCCUGGAGAACUCAGGGCACCGAGCGGGCCAGCGGGCUGGCCUUGGCCAGGGCAGCGGACUACACUAUGAGAGUCACUUUAGCAAGUGGAGUUUUUCAGGGAGGAAGGGCUUUAAUGGACCAGCUGCAGCGGAGGGGGAAGGAGCACCAUUACAGACAAUACGCACACAGCCUGCUCCUGCUGCACCCCUACAAGAGGCCAGUCCAACGCAAGAUCCUCUGGGAGCCACUCAGUCGACAGAUCCAUCCCCACUCUCUCCAGGGGACCCUCCCACUCCCAGAGAGGAAUCCACAGAGCUGCCUUUACUUGAUCACCUGCGCUGAGUCUGCACUAGUGACAGUUUCUACAGUGAAAGCACACCGCAGUUGAAUGUGGACCGGGCCUGGCGCAUCCAGUCCGGACUCAUUCCAGCCUUCGGGACUCAUUCCAUCAACUCUUGUUGAACUAACUCAGUGCAGCCACAGUUUGGAAGUCCUCUGAUGGCCCUCUGAAUCCAGGGUGGAUCUGGGUAUAUAUACACAUCACUCCUCUCCUUGUUAGUCAAAAGAGAUAACCAUCUGAUAGCAUGCUGAGCUGAUGCACGUCAGACCAUGAAAUUAUUUUAGCCAACCUGUUUAUUCCAAAGUCAGUUUUAUCACAACUCGUAAGUUAUUAACUUUUUUUUUUUUUUCCGUACUGAGCGCUCGGUGUCUCUACAGACAACUUUGGUUGUUAAAGUAGUGACUGAUCAGACAGGCCAGUGCAAUUAUAAGGGAUAUUUUGCUUGAGGAUUGUUUAUUUUUCUAUACUGGAGAAUAGAGGACUGACUCUAACUUAACAUCAUCUGCAGCAUUCUGGGGUUUUUUGUUGUUGUUUUUGUUUUUUUUCAUAACCAGUCCAAAAGAAUUUUUUAAGAAAGGAUCAGUACGAUGCUAUACGUGCAAGUGAAGGAUGCGUGGAGACCGUGAUACGCCUUGUUUUGUUCUCCCCACAUGUAACCAUCCUCACUGGACAGUUUUGCAUCAAACAAUGUUUCACAGGACAUAUUGACUCAUUUCAGGAGCCUCCACUUCUUUUCCCCUGCACAAUACACAUAUUAUACAAGGAAGCAGAAAAAGAAAACAAAAACAUCAUCGUUGUUCUCUGGCCCGUUUUCUGCAGAGGUGCCUGACAACAUCAACGUUUCUGUCUCGGAGCAAGUUUCAGGAAACAAAAACAAACUCCCUUCCGCCCCAGCUGACGUGGUGCUUUUACUGCUAGUUUACAGCAUAUUUAGGCUUGGACAUCCUGGAGUCCUGUAUCUAACUAGUAACCUGGGGAACUUCACACAGAGCUGGUUUCCAUUAAUCAGGAUCAAACAGAGGGCGAGUCAAAUCUGUGAAAAAAUUGUGAUCCUCACAAAAACUGGGAGUGUAAGAAUUUUUUUAAAUCCCUUUUUUUUUUUUUUUUUUUUUGCUUCGGUGAGUGGAAUGUCUUUUUUUGUUUUGUUUUAUGUUUUUACUUGAAUCUUCACGAGUCCUUCAGUGUCGAACAUGCACUGAGUUUGUUUUCUUUGGAUAACUGAUCACUAAUGUCCUCCCUGAUCAGAUCCAAUCAGCUCAUGGCUUUCUGAAUAGCAGGGACCCAGGCUGCUUUGUGGGGAGAGCUGUGUCUUCUAGGGAUGCACUGAUGUCUAAAAUAACAGUUUAGCUCAUAGCCAUAUUUUUGGUUUUACUUCUUUUCCUUUUGCAGCAGGGAAACAAAGAAAUCUUCAUUAUGAUUUUUUUUUUUAUUUUCCAAAAUACCCCUUCUCUUCAUCACACUGUUGAUGUGACACUACCGAAAACCAUCAGCCACUGGCAUUGGUAAAUUGGCCAUCUGAUUGGCUGAUACAUCAGCGUAUCCCUAGUGUGUUCUUUACCUGCAGUCUGGCCCCUUCUGUUACUGUACUACUGCUUCUGCAUCUCCUGCUACUACUACUAUAAUACCCACUACUACUGCUGUUUCUACAACAGUUAAAUCCAGCGUUUUAGUUGGAAAUAAACAAAGCUGAAUAAUACUGAAAGCAAAGGUGGAAUAUUUAUUUGAUUAAUAUUGUCUUACAGAUAUCUUUAACGGGGUUUGUCUGUAUGGUGUGCUGAUAUAUUGAAUUGGAUAUUUGCCUUCUGUCAACCCUCCCACCCCCUCCCUCAGUUUGUUUGAUAUCAUCACAUUUGUAUCAUCUCACCAAUGGCCCUUUUUUUUUUUUUUUUUUUUUAAAGCAAACAAACAUUUUUUAAGUGUGGAACAUAACUGGAAGUGUGUCAGUGAAGUUGUUACAUUGGUUUCUUUCCCGCUCCUCCUCUCUUUUUGUUUGACCACUGUGAAAAGCAACGAAAACACUGAUUGAGAGUUUCAUAAAUACAGCAAAAAAACCUUUCAGUCCUAUCAAAAAUUUCAGCUCCAGAUGUUUCCCCACGUCCACUGGCUUUAUCCCUGACAGUGCCCGGCUGUUUGCAGUGGGUGAAGGAUUCGGAAUUAACCUCGUGCCAUAGCAUGAAUCGCCAUGUGCUACUUUUCUCACCAAAUGAUUUCUAACAAGUGUUUGUUUUGUUUUGUUUUUUCCCCUGCUGGAAACUUGAAAGGAGGCGAGUUUUCUCAGGGUGUAUACCAGGAAAGAAAUGAACUUCUUCUUCUGCAGGAACACUUUCUGUCCAAAGGGAGAAAAUUGGCAGUGCGAGCAGGCGCGACAGAAGAUGCUCCCUUUUAGCCCUUUUUAGAAAAUGUUUUGCAUGCUGUUAAAGCCUUUUUUUUUUUUUUUUUAAA